AUGGAACGAGCCGGCCCCAGUUCCGUGCAGCCGAAGCAGCAGCGGGACCAGGACUGGGUGGAAGCGUGGCUGGAUGACCACCGGGACUUUACCUUCUCUUACUUUGUUAGAAAAGCCACCAGAGAAAUGGUCAACGCAUGGUUUUCAGAGAGAGUUCACACCAUCCCUGUAUGCAAGGAAGGCGUCCGAGCCCACACGGAGUCUUCUUGCUCCUGCUCUCAGCAGCAGAGCCCUCAUGCAGAUAACGCCACCUCUGGAGCGCCAGCCAGAAAAAUCUCUGCCUCUGAAUUUGACCGGCCUCUUCGACCCAUUGUUGUCAAGGAUUCCGAGGGAGCUGUGAGCUUUCUCUCCGACUCAGGAAAAAAGGAGCAGAUGCCACUAACCCCGCCAAGAUUUGAUAGUGACGAAGGGGACCAGUGCUCAAGACUCUUGGAAUUAGUAAAAGACAUUUCCAGUCAUUUGGAUGUCACGGCCUUAUGCCACAAAAUCUUCUUGCACAUCCAUGGACUCAUCUCCGCCGACCGCUAUUCCCUAUUCCUUGUUUGUGAGGACAGCUCCAAAGAUAAAUUUCUUAUCAGCCGCCUCUUUGAUGUCGCUGAAGGUUCGACCCUGGAGGAAGCGUCCAAUAACUGUAUCCGCUUGGAGUGGAACAAAGGCAUUGUGGGACAUGUGGCAGCUUUUGGUGAGCCCUUGAAUAUCAAAGAUGCCUAUGAGGAUCCUCGGUUCAAUGCUGAAGUUGACCAAAUUACAGGCUACAGGACGCAGAGUAUCCUUUGUAUGCCAAUUAAGAACCACAGAGAAGAGGUGGUCGGUGUCGCUCAGGCCAUCAACAAGAAAUCAGGAAACGGUGGGACAUUCACCGAAAAGGAUGAGAAGGACUUCGCUGCCUAUUUGGCAUUUUGCGGUAUUGUUCUUCACAAUGCUCAACUCUACGAGACGUCACUGCUGGAGAACAAAAGGAACCAGGUAUUGCUUGACCUUGCUAGCUUAAUCUUUGAAGAGCAGCAGUCAUUAGAAGUGAUUCUGAAGAAGAUAGCUGCGACCAUUAUCUCCUUCAUGCAGGUGCAGAAGUGCACCAUAUUCAUCGUGGAUGAAGACUGCUCUGACUCCUUCUCUAGUGUGUUCCACAUGGAGUGUGAGGAGUUAGGAACAUCGUCUGAUGCUUUAACAAGGGAACAUGAUGCAAGCAAAAUCAAUUACAUGUAUGCUCAGUAUGUCAAGAACACGAUGGAGCCGCUUAAUAUCCCAGAUGUCGCGAAGGACACGAGAUUUCCCUGGACGAAUGAAGACGCAGGGCAUGUAAGCGCACACCGCAUUGGAAGUUUGCUUUGCACGCCUAUAAAAAACGGGAAGAAGAACAAAGUCAUAGGAGUCUGCCAACUGGUUAAUAAGAUGGAGGAGAACACUGGCAAGAUUAAACCUUUCAACCAAAAUGAUGAACAGUUCCUGGAAGCCUUUGUUAUCUUCUGUGGCUUGGGGAUCCAGAACACACAGAUGUAUGAAGCCGUGGAGAGAGCCAUGGCCAAGCAAAUGGUGACAUUAGAGGUCCUGUCCUAUCACGCGUCAGCGGCAGAGGAAGAAACAAGAGAGCUCCAGGCUUUAGCGGCUGCUGUGGUACCAUCUGCCCAAACCCUUAAGAUUACUGACUUCGGCUUCAGUGACUUUGAGCUGUCUGAUGUGGAGACGGCGCUGUGUACAAUUCGGAUGUUCACUGACCUCAACCUUGUGCAGAACUUCCAGAUGAAGCAUGAGGUUCUUUGCAGAUGGAUUUUAAGUGUUAAGAAGAAUUAUCGGAAGAACGUCGCCUAUCACAAUUGGAGACACGCCUUCAACACAGCACAGUGCAUGUUCGCUGCUCUGAAAGCAGGCAAGAUUCAGAACAAGUUGACGGAUCUAGAGAUACUUGCUCUGCUGAUUGCUGCUUUAAGCCAUGAUUUGGACCAUCGUGGUGUAAACAACUCAUAUAUACAGCGAAGCGAACACCCGCUGGCCCAGCUGUAUUGCCAUUCCAUCAUGGAACACCAUCAUUUUGAUCAGUGCCUGAUGAUUCUAAAUAGCCCCGGCAACCAGAUUCUCAGCGGCCUCUCCAUUGAAGAAUAUAAGACCACAUUGAAAAUAAUCAAGCAAGCAAUUUUAGCUACAGACCUGGCACUGUACAUUAAGAGACGAGGAGAAUUUUUUGAACUCAUAAGAAAAAAUCAAUUCAGUUUUGAAGAUCCUCUUCAAAAGGAGUUAUUUCUGGCAAUGCUGAUGACCGCCUGCGAUCUCUCUGCGAUUACGAAGCCCUGGCCGAUUCAACAGCGGAUAGCAGAACUCGUGGCAGCAGAAUUCUUCGAUCAAGGAGACAGAGAGAGAAAAGAACUCAACAUCGAGCCUGCUGAUCUAAUGAACAGGGAGAAGAAAAAUAAAAUCCCAAGUAUGCAAGUCGGGUUCAUAGAUGCCAUCUGCUUGCAGCUGUAUGAGGCCCUGACCCACGUUUCAGAGGACUGUUUGCCCCUGCUGGACGGCUGCAGGAAAAACAGACAGAAGUGGCAGGCCCUUGCUGAACAGCAGGAGAAGACGCUCAUCAAUGGGGAGAGCAGCCAGGCCUAGCGAGACUGACGGUGCGGCAGGCCGGGUUGUUCCAUAUACCAUGCGUACUUGUGUGCACUUUGCCACUGCUGUAUUUUGUUUUUGCACAACUUUUGAGAGCGUAGCAUGAAGUGUCUUAGAGAUUGCUACCCACUUUCUCUACUUUGGUUUUCUGCCACUGAAGCAAAAUGGUUGAUCAUCUUCACGUUGAACACAUUGAUAGGAAUGGUGUAAAUGGCAUUCCUACACUCAGCGUGGUUUUGCUUGGGAAUUAUAAAUAACCGUCUUUGUGUUUCUGAGUCACCAGUCUUUCAAACAUGUUAGAAAUCUUUCUCAAAAAGUAGGUUGGAGACAAAUUGACAAUGUUCUGGGACAUUUAAAGCGAUCAUGAGAUGAAUGUUGACCAAGUGGAUUUUAGGGGAGAAAUGAAUAUAAACUUGAAGGGUCUUAACAAAAUUAAGGUGUUGAGAAACAAGAAAAUGUGGUAUUUAAUUGGUCUGCUCUUUCUGUGAUGGGGACAGCUCACCUUACAUGUCGCCUGUGUGGCAGAGCAAACACCAGUACAGCCAAUCCACGCAGAAGCCCUUCAGCGCGCGAUCUCAGAACCCCACCUAAAGCCCAGGGCCAGAUGAUUCCCCCACUGACCUUCCCACGAGAGAGAGUGUGUGCCAGACAUGGGAGGGCCCGGAAGAGCCUUAAGCCAAGAGAAAUGUCUCAAUGGAAGAUCUUUCUGACAAUCUGCAUUUUAAAUACUGAAAACUUCAAAAACUAAUUUCUUUUUAACUUUUCGUCGCCUUAAUCCAGCAAUUAAGUUUCAACAGAAAAGUGGUCACAGGACCACUUGCCUGAAGUUAGGGCAUGAGCACAUGUAUGAAAGUGAAAAUUAGCCUUUAUUCCUCUGUCAAAUCUACAGGAAAAGAAAAUAAUUAUACGAGUUGCAUCAGAGGUUUGUCUCUAACAGGGAGCUCAGACAAUAAGUUCAAAGGAACAGUGUGAGAUCUUCCUGUCGGAAUAAAAGCAGCCUUCGGUCUCGGGAGCAGAUAGUGAAUCGAACCGAGCAGCUCAAGUAAGGAGGAGUAUCUGUUCCAAAUGUGCAGAAAUGUUUGAGGAGAAAUUGAGGGAUUUGAUUUAUUAACUUCUGUCCUUUUCCCACCUCCUCCCAAACUGGGUGAAAUAUUUGAUCUGGGUUUCUAACAUUAAUUUGGAUUGAAAUGGUUUCUUUUCCCUUUUCUCUUUGCUUAAAACGCACCAUGUUCAUUUUGGAUCCUGUGUAUGUAUAUUUUAUUGUGGCCUUGCUCUUACUCAGAUACGAGAAGGCAAAGCGAGUUAUGCUAGCAUUGUUUAGUAUGGGUGAAGGCCAACCCAGGGAGUUGUUGCCCAAUGCCAGUUGUAUUUUUGUUGUGAUACUUGUAUUUUCAGAAUAUCAUUUUGUUUGUGUUUCAUAUCACGUAGAUGAGAUCUGUAAGGUUGCCUCUAAUGCACUGGUGUGUAAAUUGCACAGACUGUCACCAACAAUAGUCAUAUCAGCACACUGUAUAUACACCUAUGCAUGCAUCCAUAACUUCUGAGUGCGGACUCAGGCUUAGAGAACAUUCUCUCCGCCUAGCACUGAAUCCCACACGUGACUGAGCAGUUAUGCUGAAACGCGGGCAUAUAUAUGUGUAGUGCCAACCACUGAGAACAUCUUUAAAGGCAACAUUAUGUGUGAAGGAUUUGUCUGUGGUGUUAACAAGCAAGAAGUCAGAGCAGAAAUUGUUUGACUCGCUUUAGGCAAUGGUUUAUUUCACCUACGUGUAUAGGCAUUAAAAUAGAAAGAGCAAUGCCAUGCCUCCGCUAUGUCAUUGCUGGAUAGUUCAGUUCCUACAGAAGAGAGUACUAUUUUAUUCAAAUAGUUUUUAUUUUAUAGGAAAACCAUUCCAUACAUGGAAUUUCUGUCUGUGGUACAAAAACACAAAUCAUAGUUUUCGUUCUGAAUGUGAAUAUUUCCUUUCUAGUAUCCUCUCAAGUUGGAUUAUAUUUAUUAUAUUAUAUUAUUAUAAUCUCUCCCUUAUGCUGCCAUGUAUUGAUAUUGCUCAUAACGAACAAGACAUUGUUGUUGUCCUAGACUGUUUGGUUAAUUGCUUGGCUGGCUGUAGUGAGAUAACAUGAUAACAUUUAAUUUUAAUAUUUAGCCAGAAAAAGAAUCUGUGUUUUGGUAACUUGCCUAGAAAGCUUUCUGGAUCUUACAUGGUUAGAAGAUUUGCCUUUGCCAGUCAUGAUACUAUGUGAAUGUGUAUAAAUCAGUUAGCCUCUGCACCUAAGGAAGCUGUGUUCCUAAUGUAGUCAGGUUUGGACAAAGCCUGUGUUCCAGGGAAAUGUCACAGGAGGCAGCUAGCUCCUAAGCCUUCCUCAUGGGCCUCUGAGACCACUGUCGGAAACGGGGUAUUGAAGUAGAGACAUGACCUCAUCCCGCAGGUCACUUCUCAGGCUGAGUUCCUUAGAUGGAAAGCAAGUACAUUUAAUCCGCUCCACACAGACCUGGCUCCCCAGGAUGCUGCUUCGUCACUGUGGAUUAAUUGCAAAGAAGAGUUUCUGUUAGCAGCCUGGAGACAAGGGUGAAGAUGAAUGUACUAGUAGCAUUGCUUUCUUGGAGGAACUGGAAUCCCAGACAAGUUUUGCCUACCAGUCAAGUGCCUUUACUCCCAGAAUGUUGCAGGCGCGUGAGGCUUGGCACCUAUUACAUUUCCAAAUUAUCUGUGUUUUUCUCUAGAUUACACUCCUUAUCCAUAGCACGUAAGCAGCGAGACCUUUUCUUUAACCUGAUUUAAGAUGAGAAAAGACAAAGUGCUCCCUUGCUCUCCUGUAAACAGCAGUUUCAGAUAAGUUGACAAAACUUACUUACUCCGCAUCAACCAUGCAUCAGCCCACUAAAUCCUCUCCAUAUGUUAGGAACCGCGCUCAGCGGGCGAGACAGAGCAGUAACUCCACGGAGCUCGCGGGCUGUGCAGAAAAUGACUAGGAGCAUCGUUUCUCAUUCCUCCAGCUUCACAUGCAAACGUGGAGGACAUCCCAUCCCUUUCCUCCUCAUCUGUCACAUACACACUAUGCACUUUUAUCCAAAAUUUCUUAGUAUGCCUGUGAACAUCCUGUCUUCCUGUCAGCACGGGUCUGCUUACUUGCUGAUAGCUUGAAGAAUGCCUUGUGUAAGACGUCCUGUCUUCCAUGAUGUAGAUCAUGUUUCCAUAUUUCAAUCAGGGAGACGGGGGUCAGAGUUCUCAUGGACCCCUUCUGCCCUCUCACGGAGAACAAAGAAGGAAGUAUUAAAGCUUACCUCACCCCUCCUCAUUCUUACCAACAAGCCUGUGUAGACAUGUCUUGAGUGUUGUUGAAACGGAUGUAAAUAGCUGAAAAUAGAAAUUUCUAUUGCUGUUUAAGAACCCUAAUGAACCAUCACGCACCACUGUUGAUAUCUGUUUGUAUUCUUAUGCCUUUUCAAUAUAUCUGAACAAAUAUAUAGUUUCGGGCACUAUUUUUAUACUAGCAUAAAAGAGUUACUAUGUAAAUUAUGUCCUGUUGUGAAGUCAUUUAAAUGAUUGGCAGGCUGGUUUUCCUUUCCUCUCACCACACCGGAAACCAUUCCCGAGGAUCCUUCUGGGAGAGGGUGGGUCGCCCUCCAGAAGAGCAGGUGGGCACCUCCUCACCCCCCCACCCCCCCAUCCCUGUGACAUCAGACACGGUCAAGGUGGUUUUCACUGUGCGAAGUGAUCACACAUCAGGUGUUUCCUCAUUUUGCAGUGCUGUAAAAAUAAAAUGAAUGAACAAGAA